ACGUGUUGAUUGCGGUCUUGAGAGCUGACGUGUACCGGGAUGUUGCCCCCCUGUCCUGUCUCUAAUUGGUCCGUUUUGGCAUCGACGUAAUCAUGUUGGCUGGUCACACUGUCCAAGAAAGAUAACUUUAGGGACAGUGUCAACAACAGUCUCAAGACAACCCCCGACUGAAUUGAGAAUUACAAACAAGGACAUACGGAUAAGUUGCCGGUGAUUCAUAUUUGCUUUGUACGCUGAAAUUAACGCGCUGCAUUUAUUUUUAUAACUCGGUGAUUUUAGGUCUUUCACGAUGAAGUUUGUGCGAUUUAUGAUGAGGAAUGCUGCUUUGUUAAAUGCGCCAAAGCACAUCGAUUACUACGCAAAAUUUUCUCCAUCACCGUUGUCAAUGAAGCAGUUUCUGGAUUUCGGAUCUUCAAAUGCAUGCGAGAAAACAUCCUUUGCGUUCCUCAGACAAGAGCUUCCUGUGAGACUGAGUAACAGCUUGAAGGAGAUCAACCUUUUACCAGAUCGCUUAAUAAUGACUCCAUCCGUUCAACUAGUUCAUAGCUGGUUUGUCCAAAGCCUGUUGGAGAUCCUAGAAUUCCAAGACAAGAGCCUGGAGGACCCUAGUGUUCUAGAAGAAUUUGUAGAAGCUCUGGUGACCAUUAGGAACAGGCACAAUGAUGUGGUACCCACCAUGGCUCAGGGUGUCAUCGAGUACAGGGAUGCAUUUGGGGCAGACCAUGUCACAAGUCAGAACAUUCAGUACUUUCUGGACCGCUUUUACAUGAGCCGCAUCUCCAUUCGGAUGCUCAUUAACCAGCACACUCUGAUCUUUGAUGGCACCACAAAGCUAGGACACCUGAGCAGCAUUGGGUGCAUUGACCCCUUUUGUGAUGUCACAGAGGUAAUCAGAGAUGCAUAUGAGUGUGCUAAAAUGCUCUGUGAGCAGUAUUACCUCGGAUCGCCUGAGUUGGAGCUGAGAGAGAUCAACGCAAAGAACAAGUCCCAACCAAUUGAAAUAUCCUAUGUUCCUUCUCAUCUCUACCACAUGGUUUUUGAGCUCUUCAAGAAUGCAAUGAGGGCGACUGUUGAGAAUCAUGAAACAAGCAGCACGCUGCCACCAAUCAAAGUUAUCGUGGCCCUAGGCACAGAGGACCUGUCAAUCAAGAUUAAUGACCAGGGUGGUGGCGUUCCAUUCAGGAAGAUUGAUAGACUUUUCAGCUACAUGUAUUCGACAGCACCCAGACCAACUCUUGGUGACCAUCAACGGACCCCAAUGGCUGGUUUUGGUUAUGGUCUUCCCAUCUCCCGCCUGUACGCACGCUACUUCCAAGGUGAUCUCCAGCUUUAUCCAAUGGAGGGCUAUGGAACGGAUGCUGUAAUUCAACUUAAGGCCCUGUCCACAGACUCAAUAGAGAAGCUUCCCGUGUUUAAUAAGACUGCCCUGCGCCACUACAAAGUCAACCAGGAAGCUGAUGACUGGUGUGUGCCAAGCAAGGAGCCACUGAACUUAGCCGUGUACAAGGCUGCGAAGUGAACCACCAGUCUUGGUUGCUGCAAAGAUAUAACACUGGCCUUUAAGAAAUUGCCAAUAUAGGCCACCAUAGGGAAUGCUUGCAUUCCCUGCUGGACUGGGGUCCAGCUAGAGGAUCUCCCAAGUGUUCUGGGAGUGUUGUUGUCAGGGAACAUUUAGUUUGGCCACUAAAGUGUGGCCAGAAUAAAAGAUGCUAAAGUGUAGGGUCCUUAGUGUAAGUAAUUACUGUGGUGCUGCUGAAGUUGGUGUUUUUCAGAAAAGCUCAGGCAUAUAGAGACUCUCGAGUUUGAGUGCUUGACAUGUUUUUAGAUGCAUAUGACCCUGCUUGAGGCAGAGUUAAAAGAUGAAAGUCUAGAAACAGUGAAAGAGCAGUGGAGAACUGUGAGUGUAUGGUGACGAGGGAGUAAAGCAUUGAAGGUAGAAGAAAUGUGGUUGGAAUCAGAAAUUUCAGUUUUGAGAAGACGUUUCAGUGUCAAAUGUGAAUGGUCAAAUGUGUUGUACAUUUUUGUUUAGCCCUUAAAUGGAAGCUGUGGCCAAAGAUUUUUCCUUUUCCUCUUGGAGGCUGGCAAGUGAGAUCACACUUGAAGCUUACACUUGAAGCUAUUAUUUAAGAAUGGAUUCAAGCAUAUUCAGGACUUUAUGUGACAGUGAUACUAUAACUUAUUGUUUCAAUGCAUUACUGAAUAAAUGACCAUUAAAUGUGCCUAUAUUCACAAUGUUGUAUUCACAAUAUGUAUUAUCAUUGAGAGUUUAUAUAUAUAUAUAUAUAUAAAUUAAAUAAAUCUGACUAUUUUUCAUCAAGCUGCAUAAACUGCUGUUGUUUCAAAAAAAUUGUGGAACCAUUUUAGUUUUAAGAACAUAUGAUCUAAUUCCUAGCAGGUUCCUCUUUUUGAUUAUGUAACCAGGAGUAUGAAGUACAUGUAAACAACUUUCACACAGGGUUUUGCAAACUUUAAGAAAGCAAGCUACUAAAUAAUUUUAAGAUUUGUGCAUUUCAAUUUAAUAAUAAUAUUCCACCAAAUAAAUGAUCUUUAAUAAAAGAAAAAACUAAACAUUUUAAGUUAUUAUUAAUUUAAUGUUGUAACUUCAUAAUAAAAUUGAA